CGCAGGCGCCGUGAGUGAAAUAUUUCAUGUGUUGUACGUAGUGUCCGGUGGAGGUCACAGUCGUUGGAGCAAACUGAGGUUGCUGCGGUCAUGGCCAAGCUGUUUGAGUCUAUCGGAAAGUUGGGGCUCGCCCUUGCUAUUGGUGGAGGUGUUGUGAACUCCGCCCUCUUCAACGUUGAUGCAGGACAUCGGGCUGUAAUAUUUGACAGGUUCAGAGGUGUACAGGAUGCAGUUGUCGGUGAAGGAACCCACUUCCUCAUUCCUUGGGUUCAGAAGCCCAUCAUCUUUGAUUGUCGAUCCCGUCCACGUAACGUGCCUGUCAUCACUGGCAGCAAAGAUCUGCAGAAUGUUAACAUCACACUGCGUAUCCUCUUCCGGCCGGUGACGAAUCAGCUGCCCCGCAUCUUCACCAGCAUCGGCGAGGAUUACGAUGAGAGGGUGCUACCGUCCAUCACCACAGAGGUCUUAAAGGCUGUUGUGGCUCGGUUUGAUGCCGGGGAGCUCAUCACCCAGAGAGAGCUCGUGUCUCGGCAGGUCAGUGAGGAUCUUACGGAAAGAGCUUCCACCUUCGGACUCAUCUUGGAUGACGUAUCACUGACACACUUGACCUUUGGUAAAGAAUUCACAGAGGCUGUUGAGAUGAAGCAGGUGGCCCAGCAGGAAGCAGAGAGGGCCCGUUUUGUUGUAGAAAAGGCCGAGCAACAGAAGCAGGCUGCCAUCAUUUCAGCAGAGGGGGAUUCUCAGGCCGCCUUGCUCAUCGCUAACUCCCUGAUGGAAGCCGGUGAUGGUUUGGUGGAGCUCCGUAAGCUGGAGGCAGCGGAAGAUAUCGCCUUCCAGCUCUCACGCGCCCGCAAUGUCACUUACCUGCCGUCAGGACAGGGCACGUUGCUGCAGCUGCCCCAGUGAUAGCCUCCCACCUUAACCAGCUGUGACAUGGGCCACGGAGGGGCCAGCUUGAUGAUUCAGCAGGUGGUUCUUGCAUCUUCACAUACAUUCGUCCCACUCUUUCUCAAACUACCACUGGACUUGGCUCUGCUGUUUGCAGAAUGGUGGGGGAUAGAGUGAGAAGUCUGUGAAUACAUUUAUGAAGUCCACUUUGGUGUAUGGAAAUAAAGAGGAGAAUUGCUCCACCUUUAUCCUAACAUAUUAAACUUUGAGGAAGAUCAUUAGUGCAGUUAAUUUGACUUGCAGCUUUCUCUCAGAACGGGAGCACUGCAUGAAAGAAACGUUAAAGCAUCAAGGGAACUGGUAACUGAUUUAAGACAUGCUAAAUUGCAAAUGUUAUUGUGCUUGAAAGUUCAUUUGUAAAACAGUUUUCAGAUCUCAAAUGUGAAAGGCUUUCUUUUGAUUUAUUCCACAAAUAAUGUUGCCAUCUUCUACAAAUUAGGAUGUGCCUAUCUAAAAAUAAAGUGUAUGCUCUCUUUAGUUUAACUUACAUUGUCAAAAAGCCCCAUGUCUCAGAAAUGACACAAGUUAAUAAAGAUGUCUUUCUACCUCCUAUUAGUGGGUGUAUUUGGUGAAAGAGCGUUUUAUUUUUAUCGACUCUCAUGGAGCCAGAUUAAUAUCUUACAAACAUUUUACCCAAAACUGAUCCGAUUAGAUAAUUCUCUAUUAGGUUGGAAUUGAUUUUUGUCUUCAACCAACAUUACUAAUGGUCUCAACUGGAUUAAUGGUAAUUAAAAUGCACCACAUUUAAUCCUGCAUUUUACAAUUUGUGUGGAAAUGUGUAAUCAAGGUCCCCCAAUUGUGGUCUAUUAUUUGUACUUUUAAAUAAAAAAAAACCCUGAACAACCACAA